AUGUCAUCGAAGAAGGAAGCCGUGGUCUCACUCCACGUCCAACACGAUAAUGCAGGUGACGACCAUGGAGACGUCUUCGGCAACGAGGAGCAUCAUGAUAUCAAAUACAAGACAAUGUCAUGGCAGCUGGUUGCCAUUCUCAUGCUGGCGGAGAUUGUGAGCAAUGGAAUGCUAUCGCUGCCAUCUUCGCUGGCUACUGUAGGCUUGGUCCCAGGCGUCAUCCUUAUCGUCUUUUUGGGCAUCUUCGCAACAUAUACCUCCAUCAUUCUUGUCCGCUUCAAGCUCCGACAUCCCAAAGUCCACAACAUGUCGGAUGCUGGUGGCAUUUUAUUUGGCCCCGUGGGCCGCGAGCUCUUCGCCUUCGGGACGAUGUUGUUCGCCAUACUCCUGGCAGGCGGACAGAUGCUCUCGGGCCAAAUCGCUCUGUCGGCCAUCAGCGACAAUGCCAUCUGCAACGUCUCCUUCGCCGGCAUCUUCUGUGCUGCAACCUUUAUUUGCUCGCUCCCGCGGACGUUCGGCCGGAUGGGGUGGAUUUCGAUCCCGAGCGUCAUCUGCAUUUCGGUGGCUGCGGUUGUUGGGAUGGUGGGUGCGGGUGUACACCCCGUUGCUGGUCGGAGUGUGGUGGCUGCUCGCAGCUCUAGCUUCUCCACUGCUUUCUUUUCCAUCACCAACCCGGUCUUUGCUUACUGCGGUCAUUUCAUGUUCUUCUCUCUGAUGUCUGAGAUGAGAAAUCCAAAGGACGGUAUCAAAGCCGCAUACACCCUUCAAUCCGUGGCAACAACGUACUACGCAGUGUUUGCAGCCGUGACAUACGCCUUCAUCGGCAGCAACGUAGCCUCCCCGUCCUUCUCCUCGCUCGCGCCCACCUGGAGGAAAGCAGCCUACGGCAUCGCACUUCCCAACCUCUUGAUUGCCGGCGCCUUGUACUCGCACACUGCCAGCAAGGUCCUUUUCCUUCGAAUCUUUCGCCGUUCUCGCCACCUUCACGAUCACACGUGGCUCGGGUGGACGGUCUGGGUGGGCUUGAUUGCCGUGAUCAAUGUCGCUGCUUUCCUCCUCGCGGUCGGAGUGCCGAUUUUCAACUACCUGAUUGGCAUUGCUGCGUCUCUUUUCGCGGCGUGGUUCACUUACGGGAUCGCCGGCAUGUUUUUCCUGUACGAUGCCUACCACGACGGACAAGGAGCGAGAUCGUGGUGGCGGCAGCCUUUGCAAACUGCUCUGGCGAUCUUCACGGUCCUUGCAGGGCUCUUCAUCUGCGUCGCUGGUAUUUAUGUCACCAUCCUUGCGAUCGUCGAUGCGUACGCCGAUGGCAGCAUCGUGGGCCCCUUUAGCUGUGGUUGA